CUUCAACACACCUGCUCUGCUUUCUCCUUCAUCGCCAUUUUGUAGGGUUUCUUCUUACGAGUACUCAGCUAUGGACGCCAUCCAUAGCUACCACGACGCUGUGACGAAGGCGGAUGCCGAACUCACGCUCCAGUACCACAGGGUGCUCACUCUUCUCGAAGAAAAGAAACAAGCCCGUGAGGUGCUGCAAGCCGAGACUGACGCGCGGCUUGGAGUUGGAGGUGAAGAAACCGUAAACGAAAAGUGUUUUAAGUUGGAUUAUCUUCACCGCCACGAAGAGCUCAAGAGGGCCAAGGAGUUUACCGACGCGAGGCUUCAGACGUUUGAGUUUAGCGCCCUUCAGCUGACCGAGUCUGCAAAAGCUUUGAAUACCUAUCGCAGAAGCAAGCUGCAGAUCCUUGCGGCAGCGGAGAAUCUGGAUAGCCCUGAUCCCAUUAACCCUAACCCUAGCUAACUGGAUGGCCCUGCAAUGUGGUGGAGGAAAAGAAGGAAGAAGAUGCAUUUUGGAAGUUUGAUAGCACUACUAAGUAAUGCUCUGACCUAAAAUAACUUGUUUGUUGGAUGUUAUGAUGUUGAGUAUGAAGUUAUCAAAACGUUACUCUUUGAUGGUUGAAUCUAAGGAUAUUUGUGUAUGUAUGCCUAGUUACUUGUGCUCUUCUCUUCUUCCUCCCUUCUGCUGCUUUCUC